CAUUGUAUUCGGCGGCGCUGCUUGUUGCUAUAAUAGAUGAUCGUAACCUUCAUCUCCAUCGCUCCUGAACACGACUAUUGUCUAUCGCCCUUUUUAUAAUUCCAAUUCCCCCUUCCAGUCUCACUUCUCUUGCCUAUAUCUACCACCGCCGCGACGCACCUUGGAACCUUAUCCUGAUCCCAUCCACCACUUAUCUACUCUCCCAACUUGCACCUGCUUGCUCUCCUCCUUGCUUGUCUUAUCCUUUCGUGUGGUCUCGUCCCCACCCUCACGAUCUUACUAUCCGCUUCGCAAAUUAAACACUUCGGAUUUAAUUUCCUGCCCGUCACCUGCAAUGGCUCCCACUCAUCGUCGUGGACCCUGGGUCCCUGAAGAGGACCAGUUGCUCCUUCAGUUGGUGCGCGAACAAGGCCCCAACAACUGGGUGCGCAUCUCUCAGCACAUGCACUAUCGCUCUCCCAAGCAAUGCCGCGAACGUUUCCACCAGAACCUCAAGCCGUCCUUGAACCGCGAGCCCAUCUCGGCCGAAGAGGGCCUGAUGAUCGAGCGCAUGGUCAACGAAAUGGGCAAGCGCUGGGCCGAGAUCGCUCGGCGCCUGGGAAACCGCAGCGACAACGCGGUCAAGAACUGGUGGAAUGGCAGCAUGAACCGCAAGAGAAGAGGCCUCCCCACCUCGCCGCACGCCGGCCGCACCAUUCACGGCCGCGUCGAAGCCCCGUAUGCCCGGGCCUCGCUGGCCAUGAGCAGCCCCAUCAGCCGCUCCCGCUACUCCUCCAUCUCCAACGACCGCUCUCUGACUUCCUGGACCAAGUCGCCCUCGUCUCGGCGCGAAUCCAUCUCCGCUGCUUCGAUUGACUGCCCCCGGCAGUUGACCCCCAUCUUCACCCUUCCUGCUCUCAACCGCCCCGUAGAAACUCCUCUGACCUCGCCGGCCUUUUCGGAAACCCCGUCGAUGGAGCCUCCUUCGAUGAUCUCGGACCACAACUCAGUCUCUUCCUCCUCCCCGAGGACUAUCGCAUCCCCACAGCUUCUUCCUCUUCCCGUGGACAUGAGACAACAAUACGAUUUCCGCCGAUCGAGCGGCGCCGACGAGAUCUACGGGUAUGCACCAAAGCCCCUGGAAUCCUUCUCCGAGCUGUCGUUGAAGCAACGAUGGCUCGCCGAUCACCAGCAAUGGAGCCAGCACCGCCCCCUGUCGCCGACAUGGGGGGCACCGUUGGAAGACAAGCCAGAGGCCCCGCGCGACUCGCGCAUGGGUCUGCACAACUUGCUCAACUAACGAACGGCACCUUGCUGAAUGAUCACGACUUUUCUUCUGUUAACUUUGGGAAAUUUUAUGUACAUGACCUCCGACCCUCGUCACUCCUUUGUUUGGCAUAAUUUCCUUUGUAUUAUAUCAUCAUCAUGUAUAUUGUUUUUGGAUGGAUCGGCUCGGCAACUCCACGGCGGGUCACGUGGACACACCGGGUUUUCCUUACGGUACCAAAAAGCAUUCGGGAUCAUCUUGUGUCAUAUGUCCCAUCUCCUUGUUUUCUUUGUCAUUGGGGGGUAAUAAUCAUGUAUAGAGGGGUUGGUGGUUGCUUUGGCUGUAUAUGUUUGGGGGACUGGAAUAUUGAGCUUGGACUAAUAAUACCCAUGUUUGUUACAUCGCUACGAUGAUUCUAAUGACUAAUCAAUCACAUCAUCAC